CUUCCCCGCAUCGAUGACCUCUUCGCAGGCCUGGCUGGGGGACAAAAGUUCAGUAAGAUUGAUCUGAGUCAAGCAUAUUUACAGAUGCACGUCGAUGAAAAGUCCCAAGAGCUGUUGACUAUUGUGACUCAUAAGGGGCUUUAUCGAUACUGUCGCCUACCCUUCGGAAUCACAUCGGCUCCCGCCCUGUUCCAGAGGGCUAUGGACCAGAUCUUGUGUGGCUUGUCAGGAGUUCAGUGCUAUCUGGAUGAUAUCCUGGUCACUGGAAGAAAUGAAGAGGAUCACUUAAAGAAUUUAGAGGCUACCCUACAAAGACUGGAAGAGUAUGGCCUACGAGUUUGCAAAGACAAGUGUGAAUUCUUCAAGCCCUCUGUUGAAUAUUUGGGACACAUCAUCGAUUCUGCAGGUCUUCAUAAGGCCCCUGCAAAAGUUAAAGCUAUUGUGGAGGCUCCCCCACCUCGAAAUGUAAGCCAGCUACGCUCAACGGAGUUAUCGGUCCAAUCUGGUUGUUUGUUGUGGGGGAGGCGUGUCAUUAUUCCACCACCCCUGAGAUCACAGAUGUUAGAACAGCUACAUUCCGGUCACUGUGGAAUAGUGCACAUGAAGGAAAUUGCACGAAGCUAUUUUUGGUGGCCUAGAUUGGACAGUGCUAUUGAAGAGAAGGCAAAAGCUUGUAUGUCAUGUCAGGGUGUAAGAAAUGCACCCCAGUGGGCACCCCUACACCCAUGGGACUGGCCUGAAAACCCGUGGCAACGUAUUCACGUUGACUUUGCUGGCCCCCUUGAAGGAAGCAUGUUCUUGGUGGCAGUAGAUGCCCAUUCUAAAUGGCCAGAAGUCUUUAUAAUGCAGUCCACUACUGCAGAGAGUACUAUCCAAAAACUACGAGGACUCUUUAGUCGUUUUGGUCUGCCAGAACAACUUGUGAGCGACAACGGACCGCAGUUCGUCUCUCAGGAGUUUCAAAAUUUUAUGAAGGCAAAUGGGAUACACCACAUCACGUCAGCACCAUAUCAUCCGUCCACCAACGGAUUAGCUGAAAGAUUUGUGCAGACAAUGAAAAACGCUUUGAAAUCAGCAAAGGGACAACACUCCAUUCAAAAGCGUCUGGAUACCUUCUUACUUUCCUAUAGAAACACACCUCAUGCUACGACCCAGGCUUCCCCAGCCUUUCUAAUGAUGGGACGACAGCUGCGCACUUGCUUUGAU